UCUUUGUUCUUACUUAGUUACUACUUAUAAUAUCCACAUUUUUGGGAUGUACUCGACCUCGACGAUUUUGAUUGUUGAUAAUUUGAAACUCCCCGGGCCCGGGUGCCCCGGGAGACGUUAAGGAAGGGAAAGGGAUACUUUAGGGACGUGGGCAGGGGUGAAUGGUUUCACAAGGUGAAACGGGAGCCCGAAGGGCGCGCACUCCCCUCCGCGCUGCGGCAAAGGGGAGCGGGAGCGCGCAGGCUUUAAAUACAAGAGGAAGGUGGCAGUACUGCCACCGAUUCCCCUUGAAAAUGUGGCAGCAUGAAAGGCCUUCAGUGUUUACUUGAGAGGCGUCUUAGGGGUCCUUCAGUGUUUACAUUAAAGGCGAGGGGCCCUCUAGUGUUUACAUUACAGGCGCCUUCGGGAUCCUCUGGUGUUCACAUUAAAGGGGAAGGGAGUCCUUUAGCAUUCACAUUAGUGGCGUCUUAGGGGUCCCCUAGUGUUCACAUUAGUGCUCGGGGGUUUUUCGUAGUAUGUAAAUAGUCGCUGGCGUUGCUGUUGUUGUUGUUUGUUGCUGUUUGCUGCUGUUUGUUGCUGAUGUUUUGCUGCUGCUGUUUUGUCGCUGUUGCUUUGCUGCUGCUGCUUUGUUGUUGCUGCUGUUGUUUUGUUGCUGUCGUUGCUCUUGUUGUUGCUCUUGUUCUUGUUGCUCUUGUUGUUGCUCUUGUUGUUGUUGUUGCUGCUGUUGUUGUUGUCCUUGCUGUCUUUGUUGUUUUUGCUGCUGCUGCUGCUGUUGUUGUUGUUCUUGCUGUUGUUCUCGCUGUUGUUCUUGCUGUUGUUCUCGCUGUUGUUGUUGUUCUCGCUGUUGUUGUUGUUCUCGCUGUUGCUGUUGUUCUUGCUGUUGUUCUUGCUGUUGUUCUUGCUGUUGUUCUUGCUGUUGUUCUUGCUGUUGUUCUUGCUGUUGUUCUUGCUGUUCUUGUUCUUGCUGUUCUUGUUCUUGCUGUUCUUGUUCUUGCUGUUGUUCUUGCUGUUGUUCUUGCUGUUGUUCUUGCUGUUCUUGUUCUUGUUGCUGUUGUUCUUGUUGCUGUUGUUGAAGAUGUUCUUGCUCUUCUUCCAGGCCAUCUGCUGCCCACAUGAAAGGCCCUCAGUGUUCACUUUAAAGGCGUCUUAGGGGUCCUUUAGUGUUUACACUAAGGGCGCCCUAGGGGUCCUUUAGUGUUUACAUUAAAGGCGCCUUAAGGGUCCUUUAGUGUUUACAUUAAAGGCGCUCUAGGGGUCCUUUACUUAGUGUUCACACUAAAGGGGAGGGGAGUCCUUUAGCAUUCACAUUAAAGGCGUCUUAGGGGUCCUUUAGUGUUCACAUUGAAGGCGAAGAGUGUUCGGGGAUUUUUAAUAGUAUUUAAAUAGCGUAUUUGGUUAUAUUCGUUACCCUGAUCUUUGUUUUCUACCCAUCUUGCGUUUGUUACUCCAGACCGAACAGAAACAUUAUCGAAUGUGGUAAAAAAAGUUUCGGUGGAUAAUUCGGAGGUAUAAAUGUGUACUCUAAUUAAUUUGAAAAUGAAAGAAAAAUUUUGAUCAGUUAGUAUUAGUAAGUCAGCGCCGCACGCGCACACGCUGUGAGAUCAAUUGUACAGCUUAAGGAGGCGAAGGCGAUACACUAAUCUCUAUUAAUUUUUGAAUCUUAUUGAUAAGCAACAUCUACUCUUUAUCCAGUUAGCCAGUGGACAUAUUAUCACUACCAGUACCACCGCGUCAUCCUUGUUUUUUCCCAUAGUUCCUUCCUUAGUAAUUGUAUCUUAUUCCCAUGUUGUAAUACAACCCGAUGUAUUUUUGUAUUCCAUUGGUACACAACUUGAGGUGUUUCGGACGCAACCUGAACCUUUCCUUGAGAAUACUUUGAUAUUCAUUUCAGAAAUAACCCUCCCCUGGUGUAGCCGAUAGAAACUUUGCAUGAAGAAAUAACCCUAUGUAUGUGUGUUCUUCGUACCUAAGUCGUGGUACACCCGUGGGUAACCACUAGUGCAAACAAGAUCUUCACUCAGCAAAGCGAGGAUCGCAG